AUGUUGUUAGAUCAGAAUACCGCAUAUGGUGAACUGGCAUGGAAAGAUGCCACAGCAGUGCAGAAACGGGAUCCCAAACGCUACAUAGCUUUGGAUCCUCCAAAGGGAGAUCUGAGCAAGUCAGCAGAGGGCAGAGGGCAGAGAGCAAAGCAAGGCACCACAGGGAUCCUGCUCCCAAGCAGUCCUCAGGCUCUGGACAAAGGCCUCCUUGCCUUCUGCGGAACAUACGUGGAACAGGGGGAAAGAAACCUUUGCCAGCAAGUGGUGGCCAACGCUGCACUUCAGAUCCGUGGCAAUCCCACAUACUCACACCAGAGACCGACACCAUUUAGCCAGACUCGUAGCGAUGCAGACCAUGUGGACGCGCAGCGGAGAAAAGUCAAUUGUGAGGCUGCAGUUGCAUGCGAUACAGAGACGUUACUAACUGCUUUUGCGCAUGACUCGUCGUCCCCAAUGGUGGUAGAUACUGCCGUGCAAGAGGUUUUGGACACGACGCUGCCUGCCUUGCACAGGAGCUGCUUUUGCGACAUCGAUGUUGUUUCUUUGGCGCAAUCCUGCGAAUCCCUGCGCACUGCUUGGGCAGACACGCUGCAGGAGAGAAAGGCAGAGGCCAUUGAUGCUCAUGCAGAUGUGCUCCUUCAUGCCAAGGCAAGGGGUGCCAAGUUCGAUUCCAAGCAGCUCAACUUCAAGAAAAGCUUCUUGACGGACGAUGAGCUUGAGAUUCUUUGUUCGAGCGCAAAGUUUUGCAUCACGAUGGCCUCAGUGGAUGACUUCUGCAUCAAUGUGAACGAAGUCGGUGACAGAGGUUUGUCUGCUCUGGCGAGGGCAUGCAUGCUGCUCCCGUUCAGCCAGCUGACGGACUUCUUUGCGAUCGACAACCAUUUCGGGGACGCGGGCUUGUCGGCUUUCGCGGCUGCGGCUCGGAGUGGCGGCCUCCCUGCCUUGCGCCGGCUAUACCUCUAUUGCAACAGUAUUGGUGAUGCCGGCCUCAUCGCCUUGGCCGAUGCCAUCCAGCACCAGGCCUUUGCGCCGGAAGGCCUCAGCAGCCUGUUGGUGAUGGACAACGACAUCUCGGAUGAAGGCGUCCGAAGCCUCGAGGUUCCGUUGACGAACGGAAGGCUGGCGAAAAUGGAGGAGCUUGGGGUGGGGCAGCGGGUCAGCGAUGAAGGCUUCCAGUUGCUGAUCGACGCCGCGAUGAGCUUUCAGCUCCCAGACCUGCGGGAGCUGCAUCUUCAGAACAAUGUGGCCAUCCGUGGCAAGCCUUUGCAGCAACUGAUAGCAGCGAUUCAGAAGGGCGAUGUCCCCCGCUUGAAGCAGGUUUGGCUGGAAAACACGGGAACAAGCAGCAAGCUGCGGCGAGCCCUGCUGAGCGAACUUGAGUCUGAGACCGACCGCAUCAGCUGA